AUGGAUCCUUUAACGGAUGAGGAGGAGGCACCUGGGGACUGUGAGGACGGGCAUUGUCCACUAAGAGAAGCUGAAGAUGAGGAAGCACCUCCUUUGCUCCCACCGAGGGCGCACGGACAGCUCAGUCAAGAUGAAAAGAGGUUCUUGUUGUCCGUCGAGAGAGGUGAUGUGGCCACCGUCAGGAGGCAACUACAACGGCGGCAUGAGACAGGCCUCAAUAUUAAUUGUGUGGACCCUCUGGGCCGGUCGGCUUUGCUAAUGGCCAUCGACAAUGAGAAUUUGGAGAUGGUGGAGCUGCUCAUCGAGCAUAGAGUGGACACGAAAGAUGCCCUACUGCAUGCGAUAAGUGAGGAGUACGUCGAAGCGGUAGAAGUUUUGCUAGAGCACGAAGAAGCCAAUCACACUCCUGGAGAGUUGCACAGUUGGGAAGCGGUGGACCGUGACGCAUCAACCUUCACCCCCGAUGUCACCCCUCUGAUCCUGGCCGCCCACCGCGACAACUAUGAGAUCAUCAAGAUCCUCCUGGACCGGGGCGCCCGCAUGCCUGCGCCCCACGACAUCCGGUGUGCUUGCAGCGACUGCGUCCGCUCGUGUCGCGAGGACUCCCUCAAUCACUCCCGAUCCCGCAUCAAUGCGUACCGCGCCCUCGCCUCCCCCAGCCUCAUCGCGCUCAGCUCCAAGGACCCCAUCCUGACAGCCUUUGAGCUGAGCUUCGAAUUGAGGAGGCUCAGCUUCUUGGAGCACGAGUACAAGUGUGAGUACAUGGAGCUUCGAAAGCAGUGCCAGGAGUUCGCAACGGCUCUUUUGGAUCACACGCGAAGCUCGUACGAACUGGAAGUGCUCUUGAACUAUGACCCGUCCGGUCCAGCUUUCGAGCCUGGAGACAGAAUGCUGCUGAGCAGGCUGAAACUAGCCAUCAAGCACAAGCAGAAAAAGUUCUGCGCCCAUCCGAACGUCCAACAGUUGCUGGCUUCAAUCUGGUAUGACGGCCUGCCCGGAUUCCGGCGGAAGAAUAUAGUGCUGCAGUGUUUGGAGAUAUGCCGGAUAGGCCUGAUCUUCCCCAUCCUGUCUGUCUGUUACAUUCUUGCACCACAUUCCUCAGCUGGGCGAACUCUCAGGAAGCCCUUCAUCAAGUUCAUCUGCCAUUCAGCGUCUUACGUUACUUUUCUUUUUUUAUUGAUUCUUGCAUCACAAAGAAUAGAAACAGUCAUUGUAGACUGGUUUGGUACUGACGAAAUGAAGAAGAAAGUGAAGUCGAGUGUGACGACAAAACGGGGAGCGCCACCUAGCGUCGUAGAAUGGAUGAUUUUAGCGUGGGUCAUGGGACUUAUAUGGAGUGAAAUAAAGCAACUUUGGGAACUAGGCCUUAUGGAAUAUGUAGCAGACAUGUGGAAUAUCAUUGAUUUUAUAACAAAUUCUUUGUAUGUAGCAACAAUAGCUUUACGAAUUGUAGUUUAUUUUCAGGUGCGAAAGGAGAUAAUGCUGAACACUGGAACGGCACAUUUGCCAAGAGAAAAAUGGGACGCUUGGGAUCCAAUUCUCAUAGCAGAAGGUCUUUUCGCAACAGCAAACAUCUUCAGUUCCUUGAAGUUGGUGUACAUCUUCUCAGUAAACCCCCAUUUGGGGCCCCUCCAAAUAUGCCUGGGGCGCAUGGUCAUUGAUAUCGUCAAGUUUUUCUUUGUAUACACCCUCGUGCUGUUCGCAUUUGCCUGUGGGAUGAAUCAACUGCUGUGGUAUUACUCCGAUAUGGAAAGGCAGGUUUGCUUUGCGAAUCCAGACAACAUAGCUUUGCAGUCGGGAGCGUGCCACAACUGGAGGAGAUUUUCCAAUUUGUUCGAGUCUUCUCAAACUCUCUUCUGGGCAAGCUUCGGUCUCAUCGACCUGGACAGUUUUGAGCUGACUGGAAUUCAGAGCUACACAAGGUUUUGGGGUCUGCUCAUGUUCGGUUCCUACUGCGUCAUCAAUGUGGUCGUCUUGCUCAAUCUGCUCAUCGCCAUGAUGAAUCAUUCUUACCAAAUGAUCUCAGAACAAGCUGACACUGAAUGGAAGUUCGCCCGCUGCAAACUAUGGAUGAGUUACUUUGAAGAUGGCGGUACAGUGCCUCCUCCAUUAAAUAUCAUUCCAACCCCUAAAAGUGGAUAUUAUCUUCUACGUUGGAUUUUCAAAAGAAUAUCUUUUAGCUCUAGGUCAGGAAGGAAGGAACACCUGAAAACUAUCCGGCGACGAGCGAAGCAAGCAAGUGAAAGAGAUUUCCAAUAUCAGAAUAUUAUGCGGAAUCUCGUUCGCCGAUAUGUCACGGAGGAGCAAAGAAAGGCAGAUAAUCAGGGAGUGACAGAAGACGAUGUGAACGAAAUUAAGCAGGACAUUUCUUCCUUCCGGUACGAGCUAAUAGAAGUUCUGCGUAACAGUGGGUUUAACACUUCAGCAUCCAAAGGACAGACACAAAGCUCUGGUGGGAAGAAAGGACGUCAAAAAGAACGACGUCUUAUGAAGGGGUUCGACAUCGGAUUGGUGGAGAGUUCCAUCCAAACCACGCCUGAAGUGAGUGUUGAUGAUACUACUACCCGAUCGCCACCGGGACCUAAACUCGCUAGAAUUGCUCGUUUGGCAACGAGGAAACAAAAGCGAGGCAAAUGGAGCCACAUACUUGAAGCUACGCGACAAGCGAGGGCCGCCUUCUCUCGUAGUAGAAGCGAAGAUUCGUUAAGCAGCCAAGGAAGUUCCGAACAUCCGAGCAGACUAGGAUGCUCCAGCAGGAAUGGUUCCAGCAGCAGCAGCAAUGGUGGUGAUAACCCGUCCGAGCAACAGUCAAAAAUUCCUAUUGAAUUGCCAGUUAUCAAACGUUCCCUGUUCGCUCGGAAGUUGGGCAAUCUGGCCCUCAGCACGUCCAAGCUGAGACUUGCAUUCAUGGACUCGGAGAAGACGUCCUCCAUUGACAGUCAUAGUGGCUCGAAGAACAAAGUGGCGGACAGUUGCGUCGACCGAGGACAAGCCCAAAGAACAGUUAGCGCGCCAUUUAGUCAGUGGCUUGGCGCGAAAAGCACGUCCAUGGACCACCUUGGUAAGAACAUCGCUGUUGCUGCAAUGAAUCCUAGUCAUCAUUCACAUCAUCACUGCUUGACUCCAGCCAGGAGCUUGUCUCCAAUACCAAGUUGUGCUAGUUCAAAUGUGCCUACCCCGCGAAGUUCGAUCACGGGACAACAGGAUAACAUCUCAAAUGUUGAUGUGGGAUCUCAGCGAGGCUCCAUGACCGGUAGUCCAGGCAUUGGAAAUGAUCGUCGGCAACAGAAGAGCAAAACUUCUGACAAAAUAUUUAUGCCUGGAACUUUUGGCAUAGAAGCGGUCACUUAUUCACCAACCACUGGAUGGAUUUAA